GACUGGAGAUUCAGACUUGGUUGGUGACAUCUCAUCCCGCUCGCAAGACUCCGAUGAAAACAGUCCAUCUGGAGACCUGAAGUUUGAUGACCGUCAAACAUCAACAGACGCACACGACGAGUCUCCUCCACAGUCGGAAGCAGCAAGAACUCAAGCUCCAGGAACAGGAGCAGCGGAGGAAGGCGUCAGCGACAGCUGUGAAGACGAAGCAUCUGGCGAUGCCGCGGCAGCAGCUCCAGAAGCAGCAGCAGAUGACAAGGAUGACGAAUCCGACAGCAAAUUCGACCAUCUUGUUUAUGACAUUGUACGUAGUAAUCAAGAGAGUACCGUGACAAAUGCCGAGACCACAAGCGCCGAGCCGCACGAUGCUCAUGCAGCUGCUGGAGAAUUAGCUGAGAAACAUAAAGUGGAAAGGCAAGGGCGUUCGAGGUGGAUGGGGCCGCUGGCUGGCCUCUUGGAAACUGCCGGCAAGAAAAUAACUAGCGUCGCAGGAAAACCUGACGUGGCAGCAAACCCACGAGUAGGAGGACUAGCAGGUGAGGCUGCUGCCAGCAGCUCAAAGGCAUCUCAACCUGAGGAAAGCAGGCGUUAUAGAUCGAAAUUGGCCUUCUGGGAUCCGAAUUCUCCCCAUUAUAACGAUUUGGGAAAACCUUAUGACUUUCCGAGUCUGAAGGCAGACAAGUAUAAAGUCCUACGACAAGAGCUACUGAAGCUUGAGGGAUCCAUGGGUAACCUCUGCUCUCCCCAUAGCGAACCAUUUCGAGCCACGGUCGAGGCGGACUGUGAUAUAUGCGGCGUUGGUACUGUGACCUUGCAUAUUGAGAUUGUGGAGGAAUUUGUACGCGAUUUGUUGGCACUAACGGAAGAGCUGAGCCUCGACGUUUUAGAUUACGCCGGAAGGAAAGGAAUGUUCACAGUUCAGGCGACAGUUGGAGAAGUUGCAACAGCAGCUGCUUCAGAUGUAGCAACUGCAGGAACCAGCAGAGGCACCAAGAGUGAAAUGUCCGAAGAGGCAGGCUCUCUCAAAGGAGCACCUAAAGCCUUGCAUCAACGGCAUUCUGAUAAAGUAUUGCAGAGAAAAUCAUUGUUCGGCCGCGAAAAAUCCACAAAUGCACCAGGUGAACCGCCUGCAAAAGCGAGCGUAGGCACGGAAAGCAAACAGACCGCCUUGGCGAUUCCUGCUGCAGCAGUGGCAUUUGUACCAGCUGCAGAAGAUAUAAACCUCACUUGA